AUGCCUCGGUUGACGGUUCUUCACCCCAGAGGUCAGGGGGCUACAGGACAGGGAGGGAGAGGAGGGGGCUUGGAUCGGGCCUGUAAAUGGAUGGAGGAGGCGAAGGAGGGAGGACCUGCUGAGAGGCACCGGAAACUGGAGAGGUAGGCAGACCUGAGAGUCACUCAACAACCUUUAGAUUCAAGAGAGAGAGAGAGAUCUGUGAUCAGAGGAGUGUGUGAGAGGAUGUGCAGAUAUCUGUCAGAGUUAAGGACUCUUACUUCAGUUAUAAUCUGGUGGGAAAGAUUUCUAAAGAUGAGAUGAAGUUUCUAUGAUCUGGCAGACAGAUAGUUUUGGUCCCUGAAAGACAGACUCUCUGUUAUGAGGCUGCAUCAGAAGGCCAACCCAGAUAUAUUUUUAAACCUUUAAUAAAAGAUAAUCACUAUAUUUCUUAACCUGAAUGUAUAAAAAGAUUCUACCACAAAGUCCCCCCCCAAAAAAAAUUACUUUCCGAGCCUGUUUGUGUCGUCGAACAAUGGUGACGUUUGUCUUGUAUUGAUGACGUAUAGGUCGGAUUAACGCGACCUGAGCGUCCACACUGCAGAUACAUACAGAUACAUAUCCGAUUUAUAUCCACAUACAAAAGAGGCCUGGGUCGGAUUAGAACAAAUCAGAAUUGACCUGUUCACACUUACAUGAAAAAAUCAGAUAUGAGUCACAUAUGGUUAAAAAAUCAGAAUCGACCUGCUGUGUGAACACAGACUUAUUUGCAUCUCUGCAUCUAGCGCAUAUUCAGUAGUGUAAUUUUACUGCAUUCAGGCCACAUAAAUAAGAAACCAAGGAGGACCACGACAUAAUGCAUGCCUUUCAAAAUAAGCAAUUUUUCAAAAUAAAAGACAUGACAAACAUCAGACUUGCAUUAAAUAUUUACUUUUUUUGACCAGCUGUUCGCGACCCAUCCAGAACGUCUCCGCGACCUACUUUUGAGUCGGGACCCACCAGUUGAGAACCACUGCUGUAAAUGACACAUAAAUACAUGAUUCCAGUCUAAUAUUUUAAACACUUUAAAUAAGACAUAUAUUGUUUGUUACUCAGAGUCUUUUAGUCAGUUUCUAUCCCUGAGUGUGCCGCCUUCUUCAUCUCUGAGACACUGAAACUAUGAAACAUCUGAAGUAGAUUAAAUUAUAAUCAUUAACAAUUGUCCUGUUGUUCAAAUCUUCUCAUUUUUGUGUGUCAGUGUUUUAACCUGAACUUCCUCUCUCCCUCCAUCAGCUUUAACCAAACACCACCCGGUUAUCAGGCUCUAAAGAAACUGUCUCACUUGAAAAGCUGGUACAGUUUCGCUCUCGUGGUUGCAGUGUGGUCUGUCUGCCAGGUGGAGGCGCCGCUCUACCCCUCUGUGAAUGUGACUUGGAUGCUGGUGUUGGUGUGUUUAGUGUGGAUGGUUCUGGGAGCUUGUUUCCAUGCCUUGAAGAGCAGCCUGCGGCCAGGACAGAACCAGGUGAGCAUUCAGAUGAGUCUCCGUCUGAGAGUUUGAGGCUUUUCUGUUUAUUUAGAGACUGUGUUUUGAUUCAAGGGAGAGCCGCCGGGGAGGCUGGAGAAGAGGAUUGUGUCUGCAAACAGGAACAUCCAGUGGUAAGGCUUUGUGGUAAAUCUUUAACAUAUACAUAAGCAUUAAUUUAACCCACAAAAUGUCACAAACUGCUCAAGUCAUAAAACCCAAACUCUUUUACAGAUCCGUACUCAUGCUGUUUGUGGUUUCUUUAUUCCUCCAGGGCGCCCCGGCCGAGGGGUCCGGGUCCUGGAGUUCCUCUGGCUCUUGCUCUGGCCGACAGCCUGCUGCAGUGUGUGCUCCAGGAGCCCCUCCCAGACCCCUCUGUUCCCCACAUAAAGACUCUCAUCUGCAGGCUGGAGGUUUGUAGGAGGGAGGAAACCACCUCACAAACACUCAUACACAUGCACACAUACACACAAUUAUACACACACUCAUACACACACACACACACACACACACACUCAUCAGCCUCCAGCAGUUUCUGUCAUCUCCUGUGUUUCCAGUCACUCUUUGCAUGUAGAUCAGUGUGAAGUCUUUGUUGGUGAUAUUACAGAGAUCAGACCUUCACUCAGACGUACGCACAUAUUCUCGCCUGAGGCAAUCCUCCCACACACACACACCCACAUACACACACAUAUAGACACACACACACACACACACUGAGCUGCUGUCGUCUGUACUCUGAAUGAAGCAGAUUGACAGACGGGAGAAACUUCAGAGCUGUCGACUCAUGAAUUUCCUUCACACACACACACAUUCUCGGUGAUGAAUGUCAGCGAGUUUUCCAGACUGUUGGCGCUCUGACUCAACAUUUUGUUCAAAUACUGAAUUAAAGGAGCGAGGAUACCGACGUCUAUCAGCAGAUUUAAACUCACAAUGAUACAGCUUUAACUUCAUGUGAGUUUAAUCACUACAAAUGUGAGAAUUUUGGAGAUGUGAAGUUUCUCCGUGUGACACCAGCCUCAGGCGUAGCUUCAACUUUCUGCCGUGAGCGUCACAUCCUCCUCCGAGGGCCUCCAGCAGAGCUGUAAACUGUCUGUUUAAAAUCUCUCAGGCCUUUGUCUUUCUGUUAUCACUGUUCUGAGUCUCAGUUUAUCAUUUCUGUUUUCCUCUUUAAUUCUGGGAAUGUUCCAGAUAUGACUGUCACAUUUUGAACUGUAUGAAGUAAAUCUCUGCACACUUGCAUGUGUAGAGCAGAUGUGUCCGUGGGAGACGGUUAUAAAAAUGCAACAAGCAGAUUCCUGCAAACUCUCUUCAUCUCUCAAACUUUAACAUGACAGCAUUAUGAACAAAAAGAUUCAUAUCAGACUUUUGAUGUGUCUAUUUCCCCUCAAUCCUGCACAGACUCACCAUGACCGGGUUUUUGCAGAGGUGGUUUAAAGCAUAAACUAAACUAAACUAAACUUAACUAAACUAAACUAAACUAACUAAACUAAACUAAACUAAACUAAACUAAACUAAACUAAACUAAACUAAACUAAACGUAAUGUAACUUAACUUAAACUAACCCUAGCCCCUAACUUAACUUAACUUAAUUUUAUUAAACUUAACUUAACUAGACUAGACUAUACUUGACUUGACUUGACUUAACUAAACUUAUCCUAACUUAACUGAAGUAAACUUGACUUAACUUGACUUAACUUAACUUAAAGCUAACCCUAACCCCUCACUUAAUUUUACUUUACUUAACUAAACUUAACUUCACUUAACUUAACUUAACUCAACUUAACUAGACUAGGCUUUACUUGACUUGACUUAACUAAACUUAACUUUACUUAACUAAAGUAAACUAAACUGAACAAAACUUAACUUCACUUAACUUAACUUAACUUAAACUAACCCUAACCCCUCACUUAAUUUUACUUAAAAACUAAACUUAACCUAGCUUAACUAAACUUAACUAAACUAAACUUUACUCUACCUGACCAAACAAAACUAAACAUAACUAACCAAACUAAACUAAACUAAACUAAGCUUAAUUAAACUAAACUAAACUGAACUAAACUUACUUAAACUAAACUGAACUGAACUAAACUUAAUUAAACUAAACUAAACUAAACCAAACUGAACUAAACUAAUCUUAACUUCACCUAACUUCUCUUAACUUCACUAACUUAAGUUAACUUAACUUAAAUGAACUAAACUAAACUAAACUAAAAGAAACUAAACUUAACUUAACUUAACUCAACUAAACUUAACCAAAAUUACCCCUCUUCGUUCUCUCUCCCUCUCUGCAGUCGCUGUUUCACACUCUCCAGAAGGCAGAUAUCGGGUCAGAGGACACAACGUUGGCGGUGGACUAUGACCCUAAAGUGACGGACAAAGUCAAGCUCAUCCAAACCUACCUGCAGCAGAGGUGAGGUUUAACGUUUGGGACACACACAUCAUCUCUCCUACAGACUCUCAUACAUUAACAUCCUGCAUUCUUCUCUAAUAGGUUGACUUUGCUGUGCAGACUCGUCAGUGUGCAGUGGGAUUUUGAGGCCAGUGUGAAGGACAUGCUGGAGGGUCUGGACAGCCUCUGGGCCCAGCUGGAGGAGCUCCACACUGGAGUCACUCUCACCAAAGAGGGAAGUCAAGACCACAGAGACCUGGCCUCGGCCCUGACAGAUGCAGAGGUAAGCAGAUGCGAAGGUCCGUGUGCAGAUGUGCAGUAAAGCAGUAGCAGAAACAUUUGUCUUCUUCGUCUUUUUAAGCACUUUUAAGAUCCUGUUGAUUACAUUCACAUUUCCCCGUCGUCUCCUUCGAGUGCUGUUUGUAAUACUCUUAUGUGUUUGGAAAAGACUUUGUUUGCAGUCCUGGGCCGCUACAGGACCAUACUCCGCUGCUGCCAGACUCAUCUGAAAGACAGCACACAACUGCUUCAGGUACAAACUUCCCCUCAUGCAGUAAAAACUUGUGAUUUUUCAUCUGUUUUUGGUCAUAAAUCCUCACGGUUAUUUUCCACAGGAGUUAACCUGGAGUCACACUCACUUCAGGAACAGGGUGAGGAGCAGCAGCAGUGAGUCGGUGUGGCCGGAGCUGCUGCUUCAGUCCAACAUGGAGCAGGUAAACUGAACCCUGCCCGGUCGACAAACAGCAGACUCUUAGUUUUCAGGCUUAAAGACCCCUCUCUGUCUCCUCAGUUUGACAAGGUGCAGGAGAAUUUCCUCUCCAUGGAACAUCAGACCUCCACCUUCCAGGCCCACCUGGAGGGACUCAGAGAGGAAACUCAGGAGGGGCGCGCAGGCCUCCUCCGCUCAGGUUCAGUAUCUUCACAGACUUCCUCUACAGAGAGCAGAAACGGUGUCGCGUCACCUGAGCGCCAUAGUUCACCCUCUGCAUCAACACCUGUCCCUCAGACGGUUAAAACCAAAGACAGAGAAAUAAACGCCGUCCUCUCUCUGUGUGAGAGGUCAGCUCAGCACCUCUCCUCCACGAUCGGACGCCUGCGGAGAUCUGGGAGGAGAAAAUUAUCUUCACCGACUUUAUGA